AUGGAUGCAGAUAAUAAAAAUUUAGUCUUUCACACAUUUAUGGGUUCUAUAAUUGGUUGCACAAUAAGCAAAAUAUUACUUUACCCUUUAGAUACUAUAAAAAUAAAUAAACAGAUUUAUAAACAGCCAUUUGAAAAAGGGAAUCAAGAAAAUAAAAAAACUCUUCUAAGUUAUUUUAAAAAUAAAAAUAAGAAUACUAUAUUUUUUUACAACUUUAUUAAAACAUAUGGAUAUAAGAACAUGUACAAAGGUUUCACAUUUUCAUCCCUCACAACCAUUCCGGCAACAUGUUUAUACUUUUGUUGUUUUGAAUAUUUAAAAUUAAAAAAGUUACAAUAUAAUAAAAUAUCUCAAGAAAAGGAACUUAUAAAUGACAAGUCAAAUAAGAGUGAUGACCUAAAUUUUAUUAGUUACUUUUCUCUAGCUUUUUUGUCUGAGGCUAUUUCAUGUAUCUUUUUUGUACCUAUAGAUGUUAUUAAAGAAAGGCUACAGGCUCAAAAAUAUCUACAGCUGAAAGAGCACAAGAAAACGUCCAUAUUAAUAAAAGAGUAUAUUCACAAACAAGGGUUAUCAAGAUUGUAUAGAGGUUAUGUCUCAACUUGUUUAGCCUAUGGUGUGUUUUGUGGGUCCUUCUUCUUUUUUCAGAACAUUGGUCAGAAUAUUAUGAAAAAACUUGAUAUUGAAUCAUCACAUUAUAACAACUUAAAAUUAAACCUUGCUUGUUCAUUUUUUUCUGGUUUUAUAAGUUCUCCAUUGGAUAUAGUCAGAAUAAGAGGAUUGAAAAAAUUAUUCAGAGAAGAUAGUGGAAAGAUUUACAACCUUUUUAAAGGAAAUUUUUAUAGAUGCUGUUUAUUAAGUCUUAGCAUGACUAUAAAUGUGUCAGUAAUAGAAAUGUAUAAAAAAUAUAUGAUUUCCAAGAAAUCAUAA